AGCACUAGAAAGUACUGUGUCCAAAAUCUGGCGAGAUGUAAACAUUUCUAGCUAGCUCUUGGGCACUAUGGCCAGGCCAGAUUUAUAACAAUAAGAUAGUUUCGAUUACAGUGAACACUUUUACUUUAGAAGACUAAGAUCUCAAUGAUCUGUUUAUAGCGGAUCUUUUGUAUUAUGCAGCGCACACAGUAGGCUGUAACAAUUGUGUCCCAAACUUCCUGUUUGAAGUGAGGCUAAUUAUAUAUUUACUCUCACUAUUGUACCGAACGGGUAAAAUUCAAACGAUUAUUCCGAGUUUGACAAACAGUAGCCCAGAUCAAAAUGGACUACCUCUUACAGGUUAAAAUAGGCGCCCUCGUGGGUUUAUUGUUUUUAACGCUACUUUUCGGAUUUAUCCCUGCUUGGAUGAGAUGUUUCAGAGAAACCAGCAGAACAGAGACCCAUCGAAUUGUGUUGAGUUUCAUCAGCUGUUUUGCUGGAGGCGUCUUCCUGUCUGCCUGUCUGCUCGACAUCAUCCCAGACUAUCUCUCAGACAUCAGUGCUGAGCUACAAUCACGGAAGGUGGAGACCAGCUUCCCAAUCCCUGAGUUCAUCAUGGCUGCCGGCUUCUUCACUGUCCUCAUUCUUGAGAGAAUUGUCCUCAGCUGCCGUAAGGAAGAAGCGUCCGUUGAGGAGAGAUCCCCCUUGAUAAACUCCUGUGGUCAUGGUCAUGGACACGGCCAUGGGCAUGGGCAUGGGCAUGGACGAACCACAUCCAGCAGUUUGGAGGGCAGCGGCCAUCACAUUCAUGUUGACCACCAGGCCCACUCUUCCUUCCGUUCUUUCAUGCUCUUCCUCUCUCUAUCCCUUCACUCUGUGUUUGAGGGCCUAGCCAUAGGCUUGCAGACCACAGAUGCAAAGGUAUUGGAGAUCUGUAUUGCCAUUCUGGUUCACAAAAGCAUAAUCGUUUUCAGCCUAUCAGUGAAACUGGUCCAGAGUGCAUUGCGGCCCAUGUGGGUGGUAGCUUACAUUGGUGUCUUCGCAAUGAUGUCACCGCUGGGUAUAGCUUUGGGCAUCGGAGUGAUUGAGGCAAAGCUGGCAGCUGGCUCUUUGAUCCAGGCCAUCCUGGAGGGGUUGGCGGCGGGGACAUUUGUUUACAUUACCUUUCUAGAGAUCUUGCCCCAUGAACUCAACUCUGCAGAGAACCAACUGCUCAAGGUCCUCUUCAUCCUGCUUGGCUUCAGUGUCAUGGCGGGCCUGACCUUCAUUGGCUGAGAGAGCACCAUGGGUUGGAUCUACCCAUGUAAAACCCAAGGGCCUUGAUGGGUGUACAGGCCCCAUGCUUGAAGCAGGUUGAACUAUUUCUUUUGAACUAUUGUGGAUGUUUCAGUGUUUCUAUCCCAAUGUUUUUAUUGAAAAUUUUCAGAAGUGGGUGUUUUUUUCUUUUAAAACUUUAUUAUAAUUGUUCAACUCAAAGGUUCAUAUAACUGACAUCAAGUGUUUGAUUUCCAAUGUCUGGUGGCAAAUAUUUAGAAGAAACCAGUUGAGACAAAGGGCUGUUAAAACUAAAAUAAUGUGAUCUAAUGGUACUAGAUUCAUAAACUGUAUCAGUAUCUCUUUAUCUGUGCUAUCCUAUGUUUACACUUUGUUCAACUGAGCUCUAUUUUAAGACUGCAGAAUUUGGUGAGUUAAAGUAUUAUACUGUUAAGUGGCUGAUCUUUAACCAAACUGAAGACCCACUGUGGAGCACCUUAUAUUGAAAAUGUUCCAGCCCUGUCAGUGUGUAUCCUAUUUCAUAGACACAUUUUUACCAAGUAUUUUCUGUAUAAAACAGUUGGAGAAAACCACAAUUUGUGAUUCUAGCACAUUGCACACAUGCUACUAAUGUUUGGAACAUGACACAUUUGUGUCUGUAUCAUAAUACCUCAGUAUUAUGUGCCUUACAGAUUAGAUCAAUUAGAUGUACUGUACUACAUUACUCCCUAAUUUCAGUAUGUCUUAAGUAUGUCACCAUCUUGGACAAUGUCAAUUGUUUUCCAUGUUCCCUCCACAUGCUCGGAUGUGAUAAACUGUUGUGAU